AACAACUAAGGGUGUAAAUAGUAAACAAGAAUUAUUGUUUUUUUUAUUUCUCUCACUCGUAGUGAUAAUAGUAAUUCAAAGAUACGACGAGAAAUUAAAACAUUGCUACAUCAAAUUCGUUUGGAACGGCGUGCUUGAUUUGGUGUCACAACAAAGAGCCAACAACCUGCUACAUCAAAUUCGUUUGGAACGGUGUGCUUGAUUUGGUGUCACAACAAAGAGCCAAUAAUCCAUCUGAACGUUUCAUUAUGUCCGAUUCGGACAUCGAUAUAUUUGCAACGUUCAUUGCCAAUAGUGAAGACAAAAAGCUGGUUAGUCUCGAGCCAAUCGCUGAACAAAUUGGUCUACGAUCACCAAGCUACACGAAACCAACAUUGUCUUUGUUAAAUGUGGAAUCAUUCAAGUCAAUCGAUGCAGUUAUUCUCCGGAAUUUUUUAAGAAAUUAUUCGGACAGUGAAGACUUUCCGUUAAAUGGACUAAAGACGUUCUUCCGAAUUAUAAAUAGGGCUGAUCCUAACGGCCACAUUCUUAAAAUCAUGAUGAUUCACUUAACCGAGGCAAAUGUGUCGGUUGCUAAUGCAGUGACAUUGUACACCCAAGUGGAAAAAUUGGUUGUUUUACCGGAUGAAGAGAAGUUAGGCUGGAAAAUUCUAGCUGAACAGACGAUUAUGCAUCCGCAGAUUAUCGAGACAGUCACGAAACUAAUUGUAGCCAACACCGAAAAGAUUCAGAAUACCGAGCUCAAGCACAUAUCGGUUAAAUUCGUGCACAUACCAUCUUACUCGAUUCGAGGAUUUUCUGGCAUAAACGAAAUUUACAUUAACAGCAAACACUUUGAGGACAACGCCAAGGAAUAUGCCUCCGAUACACGAGCUCAAAGUAUUACGCAAAUCGAUGUUGUGUGUAUUGCUAUGCAUGAGAACGCUCAAGUGCGUCUACGCCAGGCCCGGGACAAUUUCAAUUUAAGCUCUCCAUUUGUCCUCACGAAGUGUGAUGAUAUGAACGAGUUGCAAUUCGGCCGAAUGGUCGAAAAGGAAUUCUUUUACGGCCAAGUUGCUUGGUGGCGUUCAAUGGAAGCUCUCAAUAUGGAGAACAUUAAAUCAUUCUUAACAGCCAUAGCGACUGGCACUCAAUUACCGAAAUUUGACGACAAACCCAAACCAGUUUAUCGACCACCAUCUGUGGUCUCAGGUAUAGAUAUAACUGAUGAAAAGUUAUAUUGCUUUUGUUAGAGCUAGUGUAAAGG